AUGGAUAUCAGUGGGAACGGUAACAAUGGCAUAGCGCAAGGAAUUGAUUUUAAUGCAGGUAUUUACGGUAUCGGCGAAGGCUCAGCUAAAUUUGAAGGCUCAGUUUCUUCCUUCAUCGAAAUUCCAAACAAUGGAGCAUUAAAGGCUGACUCUUUUACAUGGCUGGCUGAGGUGCGCCUACAAGACUUGGCGAACCAGGGCCCACUUUUUCACUUUCGCCGGAGCGUGGACGAUUAUGAUUACGGUACUCACAUAUGGUCUACAGGAAAUGGGCAGUUAUUUCUUCGUCUUGUACAAAAGGAUCCGUACAGUUUUUCUCCAGCCCACUCUCUACCUGUACUUAGUGAUACUGAAUGGACGUAUGUCGGCUUUACGUACGAUUUCCAGACUGGGGUGGUUAGGUUGUGGAAGGACGGAACCGAGGUGGGUCAGUUUCAAGACACCCCUCAACUGAACCAUAUCACCGACACAGAUGUCCGUAUGGGAGCAAGGCGCAGCUCCACGGGAGAUACGAGGUAUUUCCCUGGUGCCAUGAGAUGUGUCCAAUGGUACGUGACUGUUUUAUCUGCAGAACAGAUCCAACAGGCCGAAGAAAUGUGUAGAGAGCCUGGAACAGGAGGCCCACCAGGUACAACAGGACCAGAAGGAACAGGAGGAUCACCAGGCUCAGCAGGACCGAUAGGAACAGGAGGACCACCCGGAACAGGAGGGCCACCAGGUAUCGGAGGGCCACAAGGAAAAACUGGACCAUUGGGUACAGUGGGAUACCCUGGGACAAAUGGUCCACCGGGAAUAGGAGGCCCACCAGGGAGAUUAGGGCCAAACGGGAUAGGAGGCCCACCAGGAACAGCAGGGCCACCCGGAACAGUAGGGUCUCCUGGAAGAAUAGGGUCUCCUGGAACAGUAGGGCCACCUGGAACAGGAGGGCCACCCGGAGCUGAAGGACUGCCAGGUACAGGAGAGCCACCAGGAACAAGUGGACCAAUGGGUACAGCGGGGCCGCCUGGGACAAGUGGUCCUCAAGGGACAGGAGGUCCACCAGGAACAGCAGGGACAACCGGAACAGGUGGCCCCCCAGGAACAGUAGGGACACCCGCAACAGGAGGGCCACAUGGAACAGGAGGGCCAACAGGUACAGGAGGGCCGCCAGGAAUGGCAGGAUCUCCGGGAACAGCAGGGCCACCGGGAACAGCAGGGCCAUCUGGAAUUGGAGGGCCAGCGGGUAUAGGAGGGCCACAAGGAACAAGUGGACCAAUGGGUACAGAGGGGCCGCCUGGGAGAAGUGGUCCUCCAGGAACUGGAGGCCAACCAGGAACAGGAGGCCCUCCGGGAACUGAAGGGUCACCUGGAACAGGAGGACCCCCAGGAACAGGAGGGCAUCCUGGCACAGGAGGACCGCCUGGAACAGGAGGGCCAUCAGGUGCAAGGGGGCCUUCUGGAACAGGAGGGCCACCAGGAAAAGGAGGUCCAAAAGGAAUAAGCACUGGUGGGCCACCAGGGACAGCAGGACCCAAAGGGUUGGAAGGCGCAGUCGGUCAGCCUGGGGACGUCAAAGGCCAAAAAGGCCAGAAGGGCAUGACGGGAAACGUGGGAAAUUCUGGUGCGACAGGAGAAAUGGGCUUGAAGGGGAUGAAGGGCAUGAAAGGGAUGAAGGGGAUGAGUGUAACUGGACAGAAAGGGCAGAAAGCCAAGUCCAACUAG